AUGUCAGGAGCUAACCCCCAUGUCAAAUGUAAGUGCUUCCAUAUCAACCUUCCAAUUGGCGGUCUGGUGGCGGGGUCCAUUUUGAUCUCCUUCAAGACUCCUUCAGCCGCUCCGCGAGUGCAAGCCACACACAAGGAGAAGAUUCUACAAAUGGACUUCCCGGGAACUGCGCUUGUGAUGAGAGAAUCCCUCUGCUUGCUUCAAGCUCUUCAGUACGGUGGGAUAACACAUCCUUGGAAGUCCAGUCUCAUCAUCAGCUUACUCGUUGGCUUUAGUCUCAUGGUUAUUGCAUUCAUCAUCGUAGAAAUAUGGCAAGGUGAGCGCGCAAUGAGGAUCCCACGUCUCAUGCGUCAACGGACGGUCUGGGUCAAUUCUGUAUGGGUUUUUCCUUUGCCGGCUUGUAAUUCAUCACGAUCUUCUAUCUAUUCCCAAAGCGUCGAUAACCGUAGUGCAAUUAGCUCUAGCGUGUGCAACAUUUCUCUCAUCGGCUUUUCCAGCAUUGCCCCAUUUGGCUGUGGUAAAACCAUGUCAAAGACAGGUAUCGCUACCUCAAUUCUCAUGGCUAGCUCUGUGGUUGUGACCAUCUCCGCCAGCCUGUUGUACACACUUGAUAUCGGAACAUCGACAGGAAAAUGGGUUGGAUACCAGAUAUUGGUGGGCUUUGGAUACGGCAUGGGCCUCCAGAUCCCGCUCGUCAUUGUGCCAGCUUUCGCCGCACCGACCGACAUCGCUCCUGUGACCGGCACAAUUAUUUCCGCACAGUCCGGCUUCGAUAACCAGCUCUUGCGCAAGCUUCAUAGUACCGCACCAUAUGUCGGCCACUCCCAAAUCAUAUCUACGGGUGCUACAGCCCUGCGUCGGGUAUUCUACAAAGCUGAGCUGGACGGCGUCAUCAGUGCGUACGCUGGGGGCAUCAAGGUUGCCUUCGCAAUUACUAUCGCAUCCUGCUCCAUCAGUGCCCUCACUAGCUUGGCCCCGAAAUGGGAUAAUACGAACAAAACGAAAGCCAGCACUUGA